GCGCGCCCCGCGCAGCUCUCGCGAGAGCCGCGUGCUGCAGACGGGAAGGACAAGAUGGCGGCGACAACGACGAUGGCGCUGGGCACGGAGUCCAUUAAGAUGGAGAACGGGCAAAGCACGGCAGCCAAGCUGGGGCUGCCCCCUCUCACCCCAGAGCAGCAGGAAGCUCUCCAGAAAGCCAAGAAGUACGCGAUGGAGCAGAGCAUCAAGAGCGUGCUGGUGAAACAAACCAUCGCCCACCAGCAGCAGCAGCUCACCAACCUCCAGAUGGCAGCAGUGACAAUGGGCUUUGGAGAUCCUCUCUCACCUUUACAAUCGAUGGCGGCCCAGAGGCAGCGCGCACUCGCCAUCAUGUGCCGGGUCUACGUGGGCUCCAUCUACUACGAGCUGGGCGAGGACACCAUCCGCCAGGCCUUCGCCCCCUUCGGGCCCAUCAAGAGCAUCGACAUGUCCUGGGACUCCGUCACCAUGAAGCACAAGGGCUUUGCCUUUGUGGAAUACGAGGUUCCUGAGGCUGCCCAGCUGGCCCUGGAGCAGAUGAACUCUGUCAUGCUGGGCGGAAGGAACAUCAAGGUGGGGAGGCCCAGCAACAUCGGGCAGGCUCAGCCCAUCAUUGACCAGCUGGCAGAGGAGGCCCGAGCCUUCAACCGCAUCUACGUGGCCUCGGUGCACCAGGACCUGUCCGACGACGACAUCAAGAGCGUGUUCGAGGCCUUUGGCAAGAUCAAAUCCUGCACCCUGGCCAGAGACCCCACCACAGGGAAGCACAAAGGCUACGGCUUCAUUGAGUACGAGAAAGCCCAGUCCUCCCAGGACGCCGUGUCCUCCAUGAACCUGUUUGACCUGGGGGGUCAGUACCUGCGUGUGGGCAAGGCUGUGACACCCCCAAUGCCACUGCUGACCCCUGCCACACCUGGGGGGCUGCCCCCUGCAGCUGCUGUCGCUGCUGCCGCUGCCACUGCCAAGAUCACAGCGCAGGAAGCCGUGGCAGGAGCUGCAGUGCUGGGCACGCUGGCAACCCCGGGGCUCGUGUCCCCUGCCCUGACCCUGGCCCAGCCCCUGGGGGCUCUGCCCCAGGCUGUGAUGGCUGCACAGGCCCCUGGUGUCAUCACAGGUGUGACCCCUGCCCGGCCGCCCAUCCCGGUGACCAUCCCGCAGGUGGGCGUUGUGAACCCCAUCCUGGCCAGCCCCCCAGCGCUGGGGCUGGUGGAGGUGAAGAAGGAGAAUAAGGAGGAGGAGGAGGUGUUCCAGGAGUCGGAGCGGCCAGAGAUGCUGAGCGAGCAGGAGCACAUGAGCAUCUCGGGCAGCAGCGCCCGCCACAUGGUCAUGCAGAAGCUGCUGCGCAAGCAGGAGUCCACGGUGAUGGUGCUGCGGAACAUGGUGGAUCCCAAGGACAUCGACGACGACCUGGAGGGAGAGGUGACGGAGGAGUGCGGCAAGUUCGGGGCCGUCAACAGGGUCAUCAUCUACCAGGAGAAGCAGGGCGAGGAAGAGGACGCCGAGAUCAUCGUCAAGAUCUUUGUGGAGUUCUCCAUGGCCUCAGAGACUCACAAGGCCAUCCAGGCGCUCAACGGGCGCUGGUUCGCGGGCAGGAAGGUGGUGGCCGAGGUCUAUGAUCAGGAGAGGUUCGACAACAGCGACCUCUCAGCAUGAACUGCGCCCCGGGGCUGGGGCUGGGCCUGGAGAUGGGCCUGGACCUGAUCCUGGGGAUGGAUCUGACCCUGGGGCUGGGAUUCGGAUUGGGCCUGGACCUGAUCCUGGGGAUGGAUCUGACCCUGGGGCUGGGAUUUGGAUUGGGCCUGGAUCUGAUCCUGGGGCCAGGCCUGGACCUGACUGAUCCUGGGGCUGGGAUGGGCCUGGGAUUUGGCCUGGAUCUGAUCUGGGGCUGGGACUGGGCCUGGGCCUGGAUCUGACCCUAGGCCUGGGGAUGGACCUGGGCCUGGAUCUGACCCUAGGCCUGGGGAUGGUCCUGGGGCCGGGCCUGGAUCUGAUCCUGGGGCUAGGGAUGGGCCCAACUCUGAUCCCGGAUCCUUGAUCCAGGAAAUGGGCCCAACUCUGAUCCUAGGGCUGGGUUGGGCUUUUAUCUGGGGAUGGGCCCAGCUGUGAUCCCAGGGCUUGGCCAGGCUCAGAUCCAGGGACUCAGCCCAGCUCUGAUCCCAGGAAUUGGCCAAGCUUGGUUCUGGGGCCAGCCCUGCCACCUCUGCCUCCCGGGGUUUUUGUAGCCGUGUGUAAAGGACAUUCCAGGACAUUCCAGGGUGGGCAGGGAUCUGGUAUCUGGGGAGUUGAGAUAAAAACGCAGAGAAA